AAAAAAAUCUUCAGAAUAAAAGUAAGAUUAGGAAGCAACGUGUAUAGAUCGUUCCAUCCACGAAGACGCGCCCCACCAUUCUUCCGCGGCCCGCACCCCGCGCUUCCCUCCCUCGACAAAAAAUUGGUGGGGCGCGGCGCGUCUUAAUUCUGUACGCUACACAAAUGCUAGUGGGUGACGUCAGUCAGUCUCGAGCGCACGCGGUCAAAGCUAGUAGUGUUUUUUUGUUGUCGGAAUAAUGACAGAUGAAGACAUCCCAAGUUGUUCUAAAGGUCCACCAUCUUUAACCUUUAUAAAACGAAACGGUGGUACUGUUCUUUUACGUAGUGGGCACCAAUAUAGUUUAAAAGAAACAUAUAAAAACGGAACGAUCGCGUGGGAAUGCAUUAAUCGAAAAAAACAAAAAUGUUGCGGAAAAAUAACUUUAAACGGCAAAAAUUAUAUCGUGGGAGAGAAACAACACACAUGCUUACCAGAUUUCGCCAAGAAUGAAUUAGAUAAUAAUUUAAAUAAAUGCAAGAUAGAGUUAUCUUCAGCUGAAUUUCCAACAGUAUCUUCAGUAUAUAAUGCUUCAGUAGCAAAGUUCAAAGACGCAGGCUUGGACUUGAUAAAAAAAAUUCCGCCACUCAAAAGUAUCAAAAAUACGUUAUACAGAUCGAGAAAUGUUUCGGUGCAAAUGGAGAAAAUUGCGUUUAAAGAUUUGGCAGAAGUGAAAGUACCAGAAAAGUUUUUAGAUUUUUUACUGGCAGACUACUCAUACGAAGGAAAGCGUAUAUUAGUAUUUGCUUCUAAAAAAAACAGAGUGAUCAUGUCUCAAGGUAAAGAUUUUAUGGGAGAUGGAACAUUCAAAAGCUGUCCAAUUCCAUUUAUGCAGCUCUAUACGUUACAUUGUGACAUUGGUAGUACUACCCAAGCAACACAUAUAAUUCCAGUUGCUUAUGCACUACUAAGCGACAAAAGCACUGAAACAUAUGAGAUAUUGUUUUGUUUAAUAAAAUCCCAAAUACCGCAAUGGGAGCCAAUAACUUUUAAAACAGAUUUUGAGAUGGCAGCCAUAAAUGCAAUUAUUUCUGUGUUCCCAUCUGUAAUUAGAAAAGGAUGUUAUUUUCAUUACACACAAGCUGUAUGGAAGAAAGGCACAGAUUUAAAGCUAACUAAGAAUAAAAGGACUCGCAGGCAAGUAGCAUUGUGUGCUGUACUGCCUCAUUUGCCUCAAAAUCAAAUUUUUAACGGUUGGUGGUACAUAGCUGCUCAGAGCCCUGACGAUGGAAAAAGCAAGCUUUUUCGCAAAUAUAUGCUCAGUCAGUGGCUACGAGACGAGUUUAUUCCAAUCUGGUGCGUAUUCGGAGAGAGACACCGGACUACUAAUAUGCUUGAGGCGUGGCAUAAAAAGCUUAAUAAAACGAUUAAAAAAAAGCAACCGAAUAUCAUAGAGUUGUUAAACACACUGCUCAGCGACGCCUCCUAUUAUGAAGUGAUUUCAAAACAAGUAGAAAAUUUGUCAGCAUCACAACAGUGUAAUCGUUUACAGGAGUCAUUACUUUGGGACGACUUUAUUAUAGAAAAAACAAAGGAAUUUUUGAAUGGCCAAAUGACAGUAGGACAUUUUCUAGAAAGUUUACGAUAGUUAUUAUUUGAUUAACCAAUGAAGACCGAUUAAAGUACGAAAAUUAGAUUAUAGAAGUAAUAAUCAUAUUUUUUUACAAUUAUAUUUU